AUUAAUAUAUUAAAAUUUCAAAAGAACAACGGAUGCAAACUCAGAAAAACCCUAGAACUCACAGAGUUCCUUGGCCUUUUUUCCUCUACUUUUUACUUUAGAGCUGUAUAUAAAGCUUCGAUUCAUUCACUAUUUAUGAGCACAAGGAAUCUAUCCAGAGAGUAGUGUCAGAAUCUUGCAGAUGAUUCUGGUUUCAAUCACUCUGGGAAGCUCGAAUUGAUUAAAAAUGACAAUUUUUUUUCUUUCUUUCUGAAUUCUGUUGUGUGUGUGUGUGUGUGUUGUAUGCACAUUUUUGAAUCAUUAGGAUUGGUCUGUUAAGAUUAUUGAAGGAGUGUUUUCACUGAUUUUUUUUUUGCCCCAAUUGAAAUAAUCGUGAUGGGUCUAGGCAGAGAAGGUAAUUAGGUAGUCAAUUCAUACAUAGGAAAGUUUUUAUGUGAACCGAAUGUGUAAAUUAUUCCAUUUCUAUUUUAUUCUUGGUUUCUUCUUAUGUGAGGUUGUUCUUUCUUUCUGGAAUCUAUGGAUUAUUAAGUGAAGAUUGGUUAGCUUAAAAGACCACCUAAAAAACAACUGGGUUUUGCCCAGUGGCGACUACCCGUGUUCGUCACUACUAGUAUUGAGACUUAGGCUUUGUUUGGGAUGUUGGUUAUUUUAGUAGGUUAUUUUAGUAAGUUAAAAUUUUUAUGUUUGGAAAGAUGGUGGAAUGUUUUUGUAGUUAGAUAUGUUGUUUGUAAGAGAAAAUAUAAAAUGAUUAUAGAUUUGAUGUGAUAUUUUGAUUUAUUAUAUUUUUGUGGAUUUUAGCAAUAAAAAGAAAGCCAAAAAUCCACUUGCCAAACAGGGCCUAGGAGGCCACGAGUUUGACUCCCCCGUUCCUCCCUCCCUCAAUGUACCCUGAAAAACAAGCUGGAGAGACCGUCUAGGUUUAAACUAUGCCUGAGCCAUUAAGGAUGAAAAGCAUAAAUUUUUCACAAAGAGCCUUGUAUAGUAUGAUUUAUAAUACUAGCUAGAGAAAUUCAGUAUAGUAACUUUUUCAAGAUCAAUGAUGGAAAAAUUAUCAUUUUGACGUUUGGUUGGCGGUGUAGCUUGGUUACCCAGUUUCCUGAUCUAUCACACUCUCCAACCUUUUGAAGGUCGUAGGAGCUGUGGUUAAAUUGAUGAUAUCAGAUAUUCGAUUUGAUUCCGUUCAAAAAAAGAAAAGAAAAAUAUAUUCAAUUUGAUUAACUGAAAAUGGCAUUCCAGUCUGAUACUCAUUCUCACAAAAUACAUAAAGAAUGGAAAGUAAUUUUGCAAUGAAGUGGAAUUUAUUUUAUUUUGCUUUGGAUAUUUUUGUACUAAAUGAAGUUUUAGAAGAAAAGUAAAAUGAUGGUUUUUUUAAACAUGUAAAUCUGGUAGGAAAUCUCUAUUGAAUGUGGCCACCGGAGGGGAGAAAUUAGUCUCUAUGCGUUAUAUUGUAUAGGUAGUCAAUCAGAUCACUCAGUUUCUUUAUAUAAUUUUUCAUUAUGGAGAAAAUUUAUCUAUAUUAUGUAAGGAUCAAGAACCCAUUCUAUAUGGAGGGACAACAUAAUUAUGAUGUCAUCUUAUGGGGUUUUUAUGGUGCACCACUUAUGCUUUCCUUAAGGAGGAAACAAAGUGUAAAUGCUCCAGCCUCUUUAUGUUUAUUGAUGCCUAUAUGAAUUUGAGUUUUACAUAAUUUUAAAUUUUGCUCUUAUAUUGGAUUUGGACAUUGACUGGAUUCACAUUUUUUUAGCAGUGAAUUUCUCAACAUGUAUGGGUGAGCAUUACAAAAUGAUUGCAGAGCCUGGAAUGCCUGAUGCAGAUAUGGACAACAAGAUGAUGGAAAAUUCAGUUGGAAGGGAGAUUUGUGUGUCAGAGGGUGGAGAAAUGUUCAAUUUAUAUGAUGAAAGAGAUUUGAUUGUUCAUGAAAUAGAUGGUAAUGUGGAACCAUGUAUUGGAAUGGAGUUUGAGUCCGAAGAGGCUGCCAUGGCGUGCUAUGAUGCAUAUGCAAAGCGUGUUGGUUUCGUCAUUCGUGUCGGUAAUUGCCAUCGUUCAAGCCGUGAUGGGUCAGUUAUCAGCCGUAGGUUUCUUUGUAACAAAGAAGGUUUUCGUGUAAAUAAUAAGAAAGUAAAGAGGCUCGAAGUUAGGAAGCCAAGGGAGAUAACUAGGGAAGGAUGCAAGGCAAUGAUAAUGGUGAGGAAAGAGAAGUCUGGGAAAUGGAUAGUCGCCAAACUUGAAACAGAGCAUAGUCACCCAUUGGGGAUACCUGCUGGAAAGGGUCGUCGUGGUACAAUUCAGGCCAGGCCUCAGGAUGAAAAGGAUAAGAAAAUUCGGGAGUUAUCAACGCAGCUUCAACGUGCAAACCAACAAUUGGCAGAAUGUCAAAAGCAACUGGACAUGGUUUUGAAAGAUAUAGAACAACACACCAGCCACCUUACAAAAAGUAUCCAAGAAAUAGUUGCAAAUGUAAAAGAAGUUGAAGAUGAGGAAGAAGACCAGUUAUAGAAAAGUUAGUGUAUUAUUGAACAACGGUGUUUAGAGGGUAUUGUGGCAUAUAGGUCUCAGGAAAGAUUUGAUGCAAUGGGCAAGCUCCUUAAAAGGCUUGAUGACAUUUUAAGAGCUGCAUCAGUUGUUGUAUAGGUUGGUUUUGGUUUGUUGUCCAAGUUCAAUUAAACUCUGUUUGGAUCGCCAAUUUAUAAAUCAAAAGAGGAGCUAUAAAUUAUUUUAAA